AGAAGCUUCAUUCUCAGGCAGAAAGCUAGUCAUGGAUUCGCCAUGAAACCUUUUCUGUGUACAAUUUGUGGCAAGCGGCGGUUUGCCACAGAUUAUGGCCGAGCUGAACAUCAAAGAGCCCUACAUGGUAUUAGAGGUAUCUAUUUUGUACCCAUAAGUGUAUAAACAAAGGUGUUUGAGCGACGGGCGCUAAUCGGAAGAGGACUUUUCGCAUUCUUGGGUACUGGUUUUGCCCGUGUCUUGGGGAAAUUGUCUCUAUAAGAGUAAAGACAUUGUUCAUUUAGUACUACAAAUACUGUAGCGUCAAGGCAGAUUUAGGAGAUUUAAGAGCCCGUCGCUCAAAAGAAAAGUUGCGUAUCAGUUUGCAUAACUCAGUCGGUCUCUAUUCUCGGAUACUACCUUGGUACUUUUUAAAUUAGUUAAAAUGCUUUGUAUCAGUCGGAAAACCUCAAAUCCCUCUGGAUUAAAAUGGAACCGAAAGCAAUUUCAAUUCGGCUUCCCCCAAAAUGACGUAAUUGUUUGGUUGCUAAUUUGAUCAGGCAGGGAAGAGGUAGUCGAUCGUUUAACGAAAAGUGGGGAGGGGUGGAUGAAACUAGGCUUUGAUAGACUUUGCUGGCAUACGUUUUGGCAUAAUUCGUCAUUACGAGCAUAAUUUUCAUGCAUUUCCAAAAAAAAAAGCACUGAAAGCAUAAUUUGCACUUUGGGCUAGUUUUGCGGCACAAAAUUGUCAUUUAUUGAUCAUGCGACCAAUUUCCUGUCUGCUUACUAGCUAUGGCCUUCUUGUAUGCUCUUAAAAUUCUUGUCAAGGUGAGAUGUUGGGCAGAUAAUCUAGAAAAUUCAUGACGCACAAGGCAGUACUGUUACAACCCAAACAUUUGGCUGAAUAAUAGUGAAUUAUAUUCUUUGUCAACUUUCAGGAGAAAGGUCAAUCCCUUGUUCAUAUCCAUUUUGUACCCGUAAGCGUAAAUUUCGACACAAGUUUGACCUAAAGCAACAUCUGGAGAACCCUGGCAAGUGGCAUGAGAGAAAAGGUAAUACAGUCGAAGCUCUCCUUGCAACCGCGCUCGUAAGCGACCAGCUCUAGUUACGACCACUUUACCAAUGUAGUCGCUUACGAAAGAGCACUUAAUGACUGGUCCCGAGGGAAACAAAAUUAAAUGUUUCCCAAGGGACCAGUCUUUAAGUGAUUUGUUAUGUAGCCCACGAAGAAAAACGUUUCGUGUACAAAUUUAUGAAAUAAACCUUGCGAGAGGUCAACAUUCGCGGGUAACAGUGCACUGUUAACUGUUACCUUAGGACGUCAUAGAUUUUGCAAUGUUGCCCGCUCAGAGAUUUUGGGAAGACCUGAGAUAACAACGGCCUCAACCAGGUUGUGGCGUCCAGCGGUUUUAGUGAAAACAAGGGUUUGGGUGGGGUGCUCAGUCUCGCGGGCUCAUAAAACCUGGUCUCUGUCGUUCUUAUUGAAGGAUUUUCGAGAUUUUGGCGGGAAGCAGUUUCAUUGUUAGAUCUCAUGUGACCUCAAAGUAACCAAUGAGAGCGCGUGUUGUUGGGAAAAAAUUUCCAGCUUUAUAACAUUAGUAAAAUCCAACUAGUGGUCUAUUAUCAGUGCUGCGUUCUGAUUGGUUGAGCUACUGGUUCCGCACUUGGCCAUAUUUUGAAAGUAUGGGACCCAGAAAUGGCCUCUUUAGAGUGAGUUCUUGGGAGAGAAGCAACCUUCCAUACUUCUAUAACUCACGAUAAACUGCAGUGACAUUCAAAAUUUAUAAAGGAGUACUAAUAUAGAUUUGCGAAAGUUCUCUUUUCUGAACUAGUCACUCGCUCCCUAAGAUCGACGGGUUCUGGGAGCGGAGGGUCAUUUUCGAGAUUAAUAUCGAUUUAAUUACUUCUUCUGUUUACUUAGUUAAUUUCAGUAAAUAUUAAAGGCGUUUCAGUUAAUUCGAGCGAGCCUUUGCAAUGGAUUUUCGGGCCAAAUCUGAAAUUUCCUCCAUGUUUGUUUAUAGUCUAAUUCAGGUCUAAAUCGACCAAGAAAUGAUGUUUAUAUGUUUUACAGUACUAGCAAAUUAAAAAGUAAAAAAAUAUUUAAAUUUUGGCACUAACCAAUCUUGGAUAAGGGUAUAAUUUAGUUUUAAGGUUAUAUUUACCAACCAGGCAUUUAUGGCAUCAUCAUCUUGGUAACCGUGUGAUAUCUAUUUCUAAUGUGUCUGUUCAUUAGGUUUGCAUUUCGAUAAAGUUUUUAGUAAGAUAACAAUUCUCCACGUUUAUAAGAAACCCGAGAACUGGACAGAGUCAGCAUUUAAAUUUUUCUCCAUUUUGUGUAUUGUCAAAACAAGGUGAUCAUUUAUCAAAUUUCUGACAUGCAACUUAUUCCGCUUGAACUUCAACCUACACUUAGUAUGUCACGCCAUAAGGCAAGAGAAGCUUGCCUCAUAAAUCAUAAAGAGGCAAAACUCUUUCACCAGAUGGUUUAAACUGCAAGGACGAACGUUGAACUGUACCUUAUCAAUCACUUUAUUGUGUAAUUAUUUACCUUUCUAUCAUGCUAUCUAUUGUUCACAUUUUUAGUUUAUCAUUAACCUCUCAUGUAAAAUGUAAAAUUCACAUCUUAGGAGCCAUUGUAUUCUCUUUCAGAGUAGCCCUGGCCCUGUCGAAGGCUAAUUUUGUUAGCCGAAAUAUUGGCCUCAAAUAAAUCAGCCCUUUGCCGUAUCACAAGCCUUGCAUUCACUUUGGUUUUAAUUCCCAGUUCAAGUGAUGUCUAGCAUUAGCAUCUCUACAUUUGAUCGAAUUUGAGAUCCGGCAAGAGAGACCCAGUCGGUUUUAUUUGCGCAUUGAGGGUACCUCUGCAUUCAAAAGUUUUUACUUCCGAUUUCAGCUGGUAGCCAUCUUAGAUUUUUCCAAAGAGGUCAGCCAAUGCCGGAUUUUGGGUGAAAUUUGCAUUAUGAUGUUUGGGAUUUAAAUUGAUUAGUGCAUUGUUGAGUCACCUUUACAUCUCUUUUUCAUAAUUUGUGUGUCCAAUGUUUCACACUUAAUUUCAAUUUUGCUGGUAUCAGCACGUUGUUUUUAUAGAGGACCCUCAUUUUUUUUGGACCAGAGAAAAAAAGCAAUAACAACAACACCUCAAUUUAAUUCAGUGUUUAUUUGCACUGUUUCCAUAGAUUACAUAUUGCACAUUAUUUAGACAAAAGAAGAAAAUAAACAUAUUGGUAAUAACAAGAAGAGAAACAUUGUCAGUUAGUGCACAGCAACCAGAGGAGCUAAAGCUUUUGAGCUGGUUGCCUUAAUGAUAGAAUAAUAUAGGUAGAUCUGGCUCUCAAGUUAUCUUAAGGGUAGGUCAUUCCAUUAUUGUUCACUUAACAAAUGGAGUUUGUAGUGCACUCUAAAAGAAUUAGGAGGCAAUAAUUUUAGGGACAUGGGCAUCGUCUCCCAGAGCUUAGAGGCAAAAAGUUUAAAUGAAAAUUUACCAUAAUUUGCUCUAACAUGCAUUCUAUAAUAAUUAUCUUGGGUUGCAUAUCUUGUACUGUGGGAGUGUAUGUUGGAUGCUUGUAAAAGAAGUUCAGAGAACAAGUGUGGAAUAUUGUUGCCUUUGUUUCUGAUUUGGCUGAUAAAAGUUGCUAUUUUUAGUUUUACUAGGUUUUUAAGUUUAAGCAGUUUAAAGAAUGGACCUAGAUUCUCCUGUCUGUGUGCAAAAAAAAAUACAUCUAACACACAACAGCCUUCUGCGGGCCUGUACAAUUUUAAUUGUUUUUGCUUUGUUUUUUACUUGAAAGAGAAACGGUCAACUGCAUGUUUUAAUUCUUUUUUUGGUUUGUUAGUUUCAGUUUCAUUUAAUAUUCCUUUUUUUGAUGCAAAAAAUUCCAAGAAAAUAUAACCCACAGUAGAUUCUUCUUUGUUAGUUACAUGGCUGCAUUUUUUGCGAGCUCUUUUACCAUACUUUUUGAAAUAAAAAUAGUGAUGUCAAAUGCUGUUGAAAUAAAGGGGAGUUUUUAAAGCGGGGAACCCCCUGAUUAAUUUAUUUUCUGGCAGGUAGCUGUGGAACCCUGCUAAAAAUAAAGUCAAAUUUAAAAUACAACAAUGGGUUAACUCAAGUAUUUGAGGAGGGUGCUAUCGGCCUCAGUGGCUAACACCCUCCGAAAUCUGCUUAAUUCUUCAUAUCAUACUCAGCCUCAUUCAUUAAUUGCUAGCUAUUAUUCAUUCAAAAUAGUAUCCUAUUUACACCAAUCUUGCCCACGUUCCUAUGCUAAGUGAUGGAGAAAUGUGGCGGCCUCUUCCGGAUGAAGGAUACAGGCCCGAGAUACCAUGGGCUGGGAUGAGGUGGGAAGAGAGAAAAAUAAAUCAGAGAGGUGCCAUGAAGUGGAGAGCGGGCAAGGCGAGGUGUAUGGGCUUAACAACAACCUGUGUUUCUUGUCUCGAAGAUGAUGAUGAAUGCAUGGUGUAUGUGUCUUAUAUAGUCGCUUGGGCAAGACCGCUGUAAAUAGUAUCCUAUUUACACCAAUCUUGCCCACGCUUCUAUGUUAAGUGAUGGAGAAAUCUGGCAGCCAACAUAUGAAUAAUACUUUCUGAGACAUCGCACUACCAACAAGAAGACAACACCCCACAUGCCCAAACUCAAAACCCCCAGCCUUAAUACCCACACUAAAGAAAAAUGCACAACAGAGUAAGGAAAUCAAAUUGCCGCAAAACAACUUCUGCCCUGGAGCCACAAAAACAUAUUAAGAAGACCAGGCAGCAAUAAAUUUAGUACACCUCAGUCCCCAUAACUAAAUAAAAUGCUCAACAGAGUCAGGUAACAAAAAAUUGUCUGUAAAACAACUUCUGCUCUGGAGCCACAAAACACAUAGUAAACAAGACCAGGGCGUGAAAAAUUUAGCGAAAUUAAGCCCCUGGUUCCCAUACACGCUCGACAGGGUCAGGUAACAAAAAUUGCCGUAAAACAACUUCUGCUCUGGAGCCACAAAACACAUUUGCUUGAAACAAAAACCUGUGAGUUUUGCUAAAAACGACAACAAAAACAUAAGCCAAACAAUAGCUCAGACAUGAAAAUGUAGCAACUUAUAGUAACAUAUACCUUAAAAAACCCAAUGGGAAUAGCAGCAUGCUAGUAAAGCAAAUUCAUGCACUGACUCUGCAUGAAUAAAACUAGGAAGCACGAAGAGUAAACAGCGUAGGACAAAAUAGGCAUAUGAAACGAAAAAACUGAAAACCCCGCAUGCGGAAAUAAGAAACCGGACAUACUGCGAGAACUGAACAUUACAACUGACUGCUAUCCCGCUAGAGACGCUCAAUAAGAUUGGAGAAAAAACCGAAGCCAGCGAAAGUACCACUCAUGAGAUCCAUCAGAAGGAUCCAGAAGGAUAAAUGCUGAAACUUGGGCAUUGCAACCUGAAAGAUAAAGUGGUACUGUGAGGACAAUAUAGGAAAAGACGCGGCUCGAGGGAUAGCAGUCUUACGUGCCGGUAAUCCGACAGGGAAUUAGACUCCCUUGUAAGACUGAAAUCCCGGGAGCAGCUGCAGAAAAAUAAUAACAAGGAAAGAAUUGAAAACAAAUACAACCAAAGCAAUGAAUAUGACUACGAAAAUACUGCAAACAAAAGGGGAAAAGUACAGAAAAUACUGACCUUGAAAAUAUAUGUGAUCAGACCGAAUGUCGAACCAGCUGUCGAACACCUGGCAACCUAUAAAAUCUAGGUUGCAAAGCGAGAUACUCACCGCAAAAUUGAUUACCGAAAUUGAGGAAGAUGGAAAUAAAAACAGGAGGCAGAAAGGAAGCGGCGAACGCAUGUGAGGAAACAAGGGGAAAGGCGAAAGGUGGAGGAAGAAAGGAGUUUGACGAGCACGUUUAAUGAAGCCAUGAUGAGACCUGUGUGACUUGACUCGAAGAUGAUAAUGAAUGCAUGGUGUAUGUGUCUUAUAUAGUCGCUUGGGCAAGACCGCUGUAAAUAUUUCCUAGUUUAAAAACAUAGCUAAAACAUGCCUGCCUGCAUCGAUGCUACACGUAAGUUCAUCUUCGAUAUUGUACGUUAAGGUUUGUCCAGCUCCGCAAAUAUUCUCCAAAUAGCAGAUGUCGCCCUCCGAGUUGUCUUCUUGCUGUUUUUGCCAUAUUUUUGGCUAUUAUUUCGCCUAGUUCCAGCUGAAGUUCUUACUCUUAAAACGAGUGAAAUGUCCGCCAUUUUUUUUUUUCACAACAACCCAACCUCGUCCCCAGGUCUUCUCGGUAACGUGCCUUAAACUGUAGCAGGCUGUAUUUUUGACGUCAUUUCCUCGUCAUACACAAAAUUCUUCCAAAUUUGGUCAUCAGUAACUGGUUAUGGUGAAUUAUGGGUGUGCCAAUCAGAAUUGGGGAAAUAUUUUGAAAGAAUAACAAUGCUUUUUAAGUACUCUCCAAAACUGGAAAAUAUAAAACAAAUAUAAUAAAUUAUUACUCUUAAAUGGUACACAAAAAAGUGGGCAAUUUUUCAGCCAUGAAGUUUAUAAGAUCAAGGAAGAAACAAACAAUUCUUUGAUUUAUAUUCGGUAUGACCAUUGCAUGACGAAGUCGGGGAUUUCCCUCGUCAAGCCACUUAUGCGCAUGAACAUGUAAAAUGCAAAUAAAACAAACCAGCAAAGAAAAGCGUCACUUUCACUUAACAAGCUACAACGUACGUUCUCACGUAGUUUAAGCUAACUAUGGAUUGGCGAUCAAAACUUUAUCAGUGCACAGUCUGCUUAAAGCGUUUUAACACAGAAAUUGGCCGUGUUGAUCAUCAAAUGAAAGUACAUGGUGAUUAUUCAUUUUAUGGAGUAUUCACUUGUUCAUACGAAUCGUGUACCCGGAAACGUACUUUUCGACGCCAAGUUGACGUAGGCAAUCAUUUGAAAAACCCUGGCAAGUGGCACCAGAGAAAAGGUAAUAUUGAUCAAAAAUAUAACUUUUACAUACACUGUCAAUACGUGAGCUAAUACCCGAAGUCUUUAGGGUACGGUAUGAAGAGAAAAUGAAAGCCAAACAGGGAAUUAAGCUUAAGAAAAGGCGUUUAGAGCGACGAAUUCUAACCGAAAGCGAAGCUUGGACGCUACAACAUUUGUAAAGUAAACUGGAAGCGAUGAAACAAAACAUACAAGCUAAAUGUGCUAGAUGGUCAAAACAUGCGUGAACAGAUUCCGAGUGAUAGAGGACCCAAAAUUGCGUUCUGUGCAUUCCAUUCAUUCUUAGUGGGAGUCCAAACGAAUGCUAGCUACAUACAUGCGACGCAUACGUAAUAACAACCUUAUACGAAAUGUAACAAGUUAUCGUCAAUGCUAUGUAGGGGUGGCGACGGUAAAAUCCGAGACUCGCCGAGACGCCGAGAUCCUAGUUAGAAAUCCGAGACCGAGACUCUUUGGUAAAAAGUUUCGAGACUCAAAAAAGUAAAAACAAACCAUGAAAAAACGAGACCUCGAGACUUAUCAUAAACGCUUCCGAGAUUUCGAGAUCCUGACAAAAUUUUCCGAGACCCACGUUUUUCGAGGUACCAUUCGCCACCCCUCUAUGUGGAGAUAUCAUCGAAGUUUAUUUAUUUUUAUCGAUUUAAGUUUAUAUUGUUGGUUUUCACAUGACGUCACUAAAAGUCAAACUAUGAAACUAUCGAUCCUACUGAGAUUUUACUUUCAUGGUGUAUUAGAGCAGCUGAAAACUAAUUUUCAAACAAAUUUUUGCUUCAAAAGGGUUUUUGGUUUUGUAAUAAAGCACGCUUGAAUUUCUAAGCUUUCGCGUGACGCAGUAUUUACAUGACGGCCGAGAGAGCUGUCAUUUAGGUUAAAAAAGUGACUUUUUUUCGAGGAAGUUUGCUAUCUAAACAGUUCAAGUAUUAGAAAAAGUAUUACUUUAAUGUUUGUGAGUUCCUCUAGGAGUAAAUUCACGCUUUUGUAGCAAAACUCGGUAACAGAUGUUUCUGUUGGUUUCUGUCCACCAUGUUGGAGCUCAUCCGGAUGAGCUCCAGCAUGGCGUCUCCAUACAAAGCCUUAUAAAUUUGGGUAAAACAUUUAAUCGGAUAUCUCGUAUGCGAAUUAUUCCUUCGACCCAAAUGUUGACGAGGGUCUUUGUAUAUUACCUCCUUUCAUUUCCCAGAUUCUGGACUUUAUCUGUCGAAUGGUUUUGAUUUUUAUUUUGAUCUAUUUUGAAUGGCGUGAGACUGAAAACCAGCAAUUCCUAAAAGAAGUCAGAAACAGAUUGAGCAAGAUUACAAGCACUUCAUUUGGUACCAUUUUUUGACUGCUGUCAUUUAAGGAGGCCGAAUUAACAGAAGAAACUGAAUUGAAAUGUCGUCAAACUGAAUAAACUUGAGAAAUUUCUCGUUUUGCCUUUUUUGUGAUAAGUAAAAUACAACAAUCACAUAAGAAAAAUUGACUUAAGCAAUGGACGAAAAAAAUCCUUAAAAUAGUCCACCACAUCUAAAAACAAUUUGGGCACUUACUUCAAGUUUUCUUAAGGCGAGUGUCGAAAAAACGGUAUCGUAUUUUUCGUUUUUGCGUACAUUUCACUAAUCAAGAAGGUGAUUUUUAUGGAGUUUUUCAGUUUCUAGUUCCAAGCGAAAAGUAGAAUUGCCGGAAGCGAUCACUGAUUCAUAAUAUUCUCAAAGUGCCCUUUGGGAAAUUUCUUCGCGUAAACCCUACUUCAGUUUUGCAAUAUCUAAAGUCAGUCUUUCUUUCCAUGUUUGACCCUUGUACCGUAACCCGUCAGUAAAGUUCUGAAAGUUUACUGCCUCCUACUACACAAGUUUCACUUCCUUGAGUUUUUGGUGCGGUCAUUGUUCUUGCACUUCUUCCUCUUUGCCUGCUUUAAGAGACUUUACGGACACCCGGAUAAUAUAUACGGACACCAUUGCACGUCCCCUUGAUGUCCGUAUUAACCGGGCUCCACUGUAUUCAGUUUGGAAAUCGGCCAUUGCACUCGCAGUUCGUGCAAAGAACAAAAGAUAAUGUGAACGUCAGAUUUACAUGAAGCUCUACCCAAACGGCUAUUUGAGACAGUAAUGGUAUUUUCCAAAGUGGCCCAUACAAGGCCUUAUGUCACGCCGUUUUCACGGACCGGUUUAUUUUUAGAGCACUUUUUUUCCCGCGAAAAUAGAAGCUUUUCUCCGUCGAUGUGCGUAUUGUGCCUCAGGGGGCAAUUCUAGGACGGGUGCUUUUCCUUUUGUUCGUCAACAAUAUGCUUCUCCACUUUCACAAGUCAACUAUGGAUAUUUACGCAGACGAUUCCACCUUGUCUUUAAGUUCAAAUUGGAAAACCAUUUCAUAACUAAAUCAAUAAUUAUCUAAGGACCUAACAGAGACAGAGUGAUGGACUACAGAGAACAAAGAAAAUGUAUUUAAAUACGCAAAAAUCAAAAGCUUAAUGGUUCGUGUUUCCGCACCAAUUCGCAGGACCACAAUUUCCUUACGAUUAAAAAAAAAUACAAAUAGAUUUAUCAUUUAGCGCUAAAGGUGUAUUUAAGGUGCCCUGUCAAGGUUUGUUUGCUAGGUAUGGCCUGUCUAUCUGUUCUACAGUGACUUAAAUUGUUUCUGGAAUUGCAGGUGCAGAAAAUUCCAUCUUCCACCUCGUUCCCAUGUUCCUUUCCCUUCCUUCCAUGAGGAAGGAAGAGAAAGGAAUCUUUGAACGAGCUCGCUCUAGCCUGGAAGUAAAUAAAUUCGUAAGUGAUGAGCUCCAACCAGAUGGCGAAUUUCAUGGUCUGUUAAAUAAUGCCAUUGAUUCCUUGUACAGAGAACUUCAGAAAGGCUUGGAGUAUACAAACUACGGAAUUCAUAACUUGAUCAAGGUAACUGCUAAAACCGCCCCCUGCCCCUCCCCACUAGCGCUAAAUUAUCGUUGUAGAUGUUUUUAAUUUUCAACAAUAUCCCAAGACAGGUAAUCGGCUCUUUCCCUAGCAGACACUGGAUUUAUUUCAAAAGGGUGUGGCACAGGAAAACCAGCCGGCAGUUGAAAUGUUUGCCUCUGCCAGUUAUUUCAAAAGGCGAUAGUUUUUUUAAUACAGUGAAAGAUGCUAGGAAAUAGUAAAAUUUGAAACACAGGUAAAUGACUGCCACAACUCCUGCCAUGUUAAAACACUUCUUGAAAGUACAAGAUAAACUAAGCUGUUCCAAGAAUACAUGAAUCGGUUCACCUCUCCUUCCCUCAAUAAUGUUUCGUGGGUUUGCUUGGGCAUAGACGUCUUCAAAAUUAACAUUGAAGGGGAAGUGGAGAAGAAAUUCGCAAGCGUUUCUCAACAAUUAUGACCGGGGAUGUAUCUUUAAUACCAAAUCACUGAUUUUUAUCCUUAAAAGUUACGAGUAGCGUCUCCGAUACUUUGGCCUUAGAGUCCCGUCUACUAAUCCGGAGGGGUUUCUAGAUCUUGGGCCGUGGUCGUCGUGAGUUUAGCACGAAAGCAAUAAUAAAACGUGCUAUGAUUAGAUUUUACAUGUCGCCUUGUCUUUUUAGGGCGGAUCCAUAGCAAAAGGCACUGCAUUAAAAAACAACGCCGACCUGGAUUGCUUGAUGGUCAUGAACGGUAUUGAAAACGCUUCCCAGUUGAGCAGCAAACUACCUGACAUCUUGUACAUGCUAGAGUCACGCUUGGGGAGUAGUAUAGGGGACUCCCGGAGUUUGACUUCCAUAAAGAAGACGCGGUUCUCCUUGCAGUUUAACAUGUCACGUUAUUUCAACCCUGGGGAGUCUGUUAAGGUUGAUCUUUUGCCCACAUUUGAAGCAAGCGUAGGAGACAUCGAUGGUACGUACGUAACCGCAGGAGUUGAAACGCUGAGUUACUCAGAGAGUAGUUAGUGCACGGUUGUUUGAAUGAGAGGCCCCCUUGAAGAAAUUCCCAGUUAACUCAACGUUCAUAGCCCAACCUAACUUAACUCAUCGCACAACUUCUUUUUACCCUAUGUACAAAUGAAAUUGUUCAUCCGGUUUUGAAUGAAGUCAGCAAAAUGUAUAAAAAAUUGAUUGUCGAUCAGCUAAAGAUUUGUUUUGUUUUUUUCUUUUUUGGUCAAUUAACAUGUGUUUCCAGUACGGCAAUCUCUUUUUUUUUAUUACCUCUUGCAAUCUUGUUUUGAUUUAUUGUUUGGUUCCUCAUUUUAUCUUCAUCACAACUACUUCUCUUAUACCAUUCUAAAUUUCUUUUUCUUUCCAUAAUUUCAAGUAAUUAUACAAAUUUUUGCUUCACUUGUAUAUCUCACGCCACUCUGUGUUCAUUUCACUUCUUUUUGUAUCUCAGUGUUUUUUUUUUUUGAAACAAAAGACUGGUCUUAACUUUUGUGCAACAUCUUGAAUUUCAUUUUAUUUUGUUUGCCAUCAACAUCUUCCACUAGUUUUCUAACGUGCUCAAAGCUCUUUGGACAAAGACCACAUCGCCGCUCCAACUGAAAUUCGGUCGGUCCUACUACAUGCAUGGCGACAGUUUCAAAUUCCCCUACCCUAGGUAGUCAGGUCUCUUAAGGUCAGGAUCGUUACAGAGUUGACAAAAGCACCAAACUUUGCACAGCGAUAGCUUAUUGCAGUACCAUGAAUAUUAGAGGGGGGUCCCAAUGCAAAUAUGCCACUGAAGUGUGCUAAACAGGAUUUAAUUAUUGUAAAUUUCACCUGCUGGGGGCCCUGUGGUGUUUUGAUUGAAAAUUGUUAUUUAACACCUUAAAUGACUCAGAAUGCUCUUCUCAUGUUGUAAACAACAAUUUCACUCGAACAUCUGGCAUUCCCAUCCAUUAUUAGCUUAUUGAUUGUAUAAUUAAGUUAAUUAUUACUGUGCUCUUAAAGCAAGUCCACAGUCCGCCCACGUUUCAUAAGUCAUUUCUAAGAUGGCCUUGUCUUUGCUUCAUAACCUGCAAGUACUCAGCUUAUGGGGUUCCCUUCUCCUUUUCUGAUGUAUUUCAAUUAGAGGAGGCCUUAUUGUGUGGCUUAAGCCGUAUUUAUCAAGUAUUACUUGUCACUAAAUGUCACUUUAAGCUAAAGAAAGGGUAUGGCAUAGCGAUUCACACACAAAAUUCAGAAAAAAGAAAUUGUCGAAGAGUCUGUUGUAUCACAUAUUAUCAGGGAUUUAAUGACAGCUGUUCAUGAAGAGCAAAUAACGAAAUGACAGAACCCAAAAUAGUUCUUUCCUAAGGAGGUAAUUGAUUCUUCAGCUUAACAUAGGCCUGGAUGCCUUUCAGUCUCUCUUUAUCUGCUGGACGCACGUGCCUGUUUUGACAGAGAAGCAAGCAUCGUGGCACAAGUCAUAUCAUUUACAAUCCCCGCAGUUUGUCUAAGCUUUACAAAGCAAAAACAAACAAAAGAAAUCUGGUCUCAUAAACGAAAAAACAGAAACUAGGUAACCCAAGCUUCAAUAAAAAACAGCACAGUUUAUCAUGAAGCCUCUACAUUUGGCACUGAAGCACUCAUGUCUAAAAAUAAUAACAGCUUAUCAAGUCGUAAAGGUGAGACUCAACUGGUACAAGAUUGACUCAAAUGAUAAAUGGUGAAUGGUUUAACUGCUGAAACUGUGGAAAGGAGGCCGGGCUAACUUUUAGGGCCUGUUUACAUGGAGGAGGGGGACCGCAGGUAGGCAUGGUAACCCACUUAGGUGGGGUAACCCGCCGGUCCAUAUAAUCUCUCAUUUUAAUUUGAUCACGUUUACAUGAUAGGUGGGGUGACCCUUGAAGGUGGGUAGCCCGGUCUGCCACAUCGGGUAACCCUCUCAGCUGAGGUCAAAUUUUGCCAUGUCAACGUUUCAAGGAGAGGUAACCCAGGCUAGUCGGGGUCGGAUUCGUGAUACAUCAAAUUCGCGCAAAAUUCACUUUGGCGCCGGGUGGCUUCACAUAAUUAAUAAAAGUAACGAUAGAAAGCCACAACACUGAAGGUUGCAGCAACAGCAGGCAAGGUUUGCCAUCACUUGUCUUGGUUACGUGCUUAGCGACCAUUCAGUAAUCUUGAGAAAGUGCACCCCAGGAUGGCGGGAUUGUAAGAUUGCAUGUAAAGGAGGGUUAUUUUUUUUCCCCCACCUCAGCAGGUUACCUCACCUACCUGGGGGCCGGUCACCCACCUUUAUGUUAACAGGCCCUAAGUCUAAGGAACCGUGAAACUGGUAGUAAACGGUAUACCUAACCCGGGACUAGCUGUGAUACUACUUCCAUCUUCAAAAACGUCAGCAUUAUGUAUAGCAGCCAAAGGAGCCAUUACAUCGGUGUAACACGAAUAUUAGAUUGCGGUUGUUUCAUGCGUCUCGUUUUGUGACUUUUUUUGUGUUCGUUUUUGUCACCAUCUCUAAAUUUCAAGAAUGAUAUUCAGCAAUAAAAACAAGGCGUGAUCAGGAGCCGAUUUCUAGGCUCCUGGUGUGGCAACAUAGGCAUAGGUGAAUGCAAAGUUAUGCGGUAUGUAAUCUGUCAGAAAUCUGUUUGAGUGGUCAAAAAUGGGGCUGAUGGGCUUCUUUAUCAUGACCACUCCAUUAUUAUAAGGGACAAGGCCACAGUUAUUGUUGACCCUUGCUUUUUUGGUAUUUUCUGUAAUUUUCCACAGCAUUAUUUUGUGAAAAAUAAGUAAUUGAAUUGCUAUUGAGGAAUUCAUGAUCGUAAGAUUUCGUAACCACGAAGUAUUCGCCUAAUUGCAUCAAACAAAUUACAUUAAUUUUCAUAAAUGAUGAAGUGAAUGAGCUCCCUACAGGCGUUUAGGCAUGCAGGACCUCGUAUACGUCUUUUUAAAUGCAAAUUUGUAAAAAAUAAAGAGUGUUAAAAAUUCCUGGAGAGAAAUGUUUUACAACCUCGUCCCCAGGGCUUAAUAAAAAGGUAGAAAAAGGCAAAGCGACCAUAUUUUACGUCAAUAACUCGUGACAGUAAUAAUAACUGAUAAACUUGAGGUCGACGGUGCGCUCCUUUUACCCACCCCCUCUCUCCAUUAAUGCUGCGUUUAAAGGGUAUUUAAAGCUAGUCAAAGCUACACAGAAAGGAGAGAAGUUGAAAUAUGGAUGUGUUGACACCGGGGAUCGAACUCGGGACCUCACGCACCGAAGGCUGCGCACUAACCAAUUGUGCCACCCUAGCUCCUCCUUUUCCCUCGGAGGACGAGGUUGACAUGUUUUAAUCAUUAUCUUAAGGACAGGGUUACCAACAAAGCAAAUUAUAAUCUAAUCUUAGUUUUACAAUUACAAAGUGGGCGCGUUGUCAGUUACGGUUCAUGAGGUCGUUCAUGUGGCAUGUCAAAAUUUAACGGUUCUAUCGUUUAGGAAGUGAUACAUUUGGGUUUUAUGUUAUUGUAUGACAUCUUUGAAAGUUGGCUUUGUGAUCUGUUUAAAUUGACAUGUAAUGAUCUUAUCACUGGCAAGUCUCAGCAGUGACACUGAUAGCCGCACAGUGAACAUGGCCACACUUACCAUGUGGAGACUGGGAACUAGUCAGCAUUAUGUACAUGUAAAACUAUUUUGAAUAGUGUAAUUACAACUAAGCAUUACCAAAUUAAAAACUUAAAAAUUUGAAACAAAUGUUUUUAGCCAAAUCAAACAAGAAGAGUACUCACCACAGGGAACCCAAUUUGCCAUUAUAGGUGAAAGUUACCCCCCCCCCCCCUUUUAUCUGUAAUUAGGACCAUUUGUAACGGGCACCCCCUCCAGUAUUAAUCGGCAGGUGCUAAGGAAGCUCUGUGCCAAAUUUGACACAUUUUUCACGUCUGUAACGAUCCGGCCUAUAUUUUGCACUAAGAGACCGGACUAAGGGGUUUGCACAUCAGUCCAAUAGUAUACCUACCCAGGGGACAGCUCUCAAAUCAAAUUCCCAUGAGAAGGCAUUAUUCCGCCCCAUUCUCAUCAGGGGUUUACCAUUUCAUAUGUAGGUGCAACAGACAUACAUAAUCUUUGUGCGCAGAUAAAACUACCAAACAGUGAUUUUUGGGUUGUUGGUCAACUGCCCAUCAGUGAAGCUACAGACAUGCGCAAUCUUGAGAAACGAUUUAUGAACUUUUAUUACAUCUUUUAUGAUGUUGAAUCUGAGGAGAGAUUUAAUCUGAUCAGCGUUUAGUUAAAAUACUUUUAUGAUGUUACAUCUAAGCAGAGAUUCAAUACUCUUUGUCUUAGAGCGAGAAAGGUUUUACAGAAAAAUGCUUGAGGACAAAAAGAACUGGCCAUACUACUCCGCAGCCCUUGUGAUGAUUCAGAAACACUUCGUCAAGGAACGGCCUGCACUCGUAAAAAACUUGAUUCGGUUGGUGAAGUAUUGGCGCAAGACGUAUAUUCCACAGGUUGGUAGUAAGCAUGUCCCACCCUCCUAUCUUCUGGAACUUCUCACAAUACAUGCCUGGGAAAAUGCAAAUCAUCCAGAAAGCUUUGACUUGAAGAUUGGUUUAAAAGCUGUUUUGGAGGUUCUAAAGAAUCACCAAAGUCUUCGUGUUUCCUGGGGAGAUUACUACAGAAAGAAUUUAAUUCCAAGCAGGUACAUUCAUGGAGUGCUCUAAAUUAGUUUAACCAGGAUAAACGAACCGCCUUUUAGAUUCUUGAGGACAUAGGCCGUCUCGGAUGUUUAUAAACCGGUAUGUUCUUUUUACCUUAUUUCAACCAGUUGCCAAAUCCGCUAGGAAUGUCUAUCGAGGCAAGAAAUUUGUAACACGUUAAUUUUAGAAAUAUAGCAAUUGGACAAAUUUUCUUUUACCGGAUAAUUUUAUUUAUGGUAUAUUUUCCUUUUUGGCAUUUCAGUCUCCUGUAUGGGCCAUAUGUAAUUGAUCCUGCCAACCCAACCAACAACCUGCACGACGCUGUUGACUGCUGGGAUGAGGUGAAAAAGGUUGCAGAAGAAACCAUGCGGAAACCCCUUCUCAGAGAUGUGUGGGUUACAGCUAACUGGAGAUGA